AUGUUUGAGUUUACCCCGAAAGUCGGUUCGAUGGUUGUGAUGCUGAUGAUGCUCCUGUUAGUCCUUAGUCCUGUGGACUCGCGAUGGACCAGGCGACCCAGGCGUACGACCACACCAAGGAGUACCACCGAGAAGGCUGAUCGACAUCAGUAUGUGCACCAUUGGCCGCCAUUGGUGGCACCACCAGCAGCAGUUCCUGCUCCUGUUCCUGCUCCUAUUCCUGCUCCUAUUCCUGCUCCUAUUCCUGCUCCCUCACCUCCCCAAGUUGUGCCCAGCCCAAGUCCCCGCUUGAUUGACAGCUUUGAUCGAAGAUCUGCAGAUGGAGAGUAUGAGUUCAGAUUCCAAUUGGACAAUGGCAACACCCGCUAUGAACGCGCCUACUGGCUGCCUGUGGGCAAGGACCUUGUCUUGGCCAAAAAGGGUUACUAUUCGGUGCCAUUGCCCAAUGACCAGUUUUCCACCAUAUUCUACACAGCAGACAAUCGGGGCUACCAUGUGGAUAUGCAGACGCUAUCCGGAGAGCGACCCCUGUUGCCGCGCAGCCUAGAAGUGCCCGGAGUGGCAACCAAAAUGGAAUUGGUAACGGGAAUGGGAACGGGAACGGGAACCAGUGGAGGAGCCGGGACUAAGCGAAAUUCAAUAAGCGACCCGGAGCGUAACGAGCAGGAUGUGGAGAAUGUGGAGAACGUUGUGGAUGGGGAUGUGGACACAAGUGUAGCUGGCACCGAGCGGGUACCAAAUGCUGUAAGCCAAGUCGAGACCGAAACCGAAACCGAGACCGAGCCAUCAACUUUGGCCAACGACAUUUUGGCAACCGAGGCGGCUGACGAUGAUGAUGAUGAUGAUGAUGAUGAUGAUGAGGAUGGUGCUGCCCCUGACGAUGUUGUUGAUGAUGAAGGCGUCUCAAACUGA